AUACAAUUUUUAAAAUAGUAUUGUGUAGAUUACUUAUAAGCACAAAAUAAAAAAAAUUCUUGCUCUUUUUUUAAUUUAUUUUUUCCCACGUGUCAACGGUGUAUUCGUUUCUAUGGUUACAGUACACGCAUGACAAAUUUAGUGAAGGGAAUAGAACGAAGUUAGAUUGUCUUAGCUCCUCCAUAACGGCAAACAUACUGAAAUCAAACUGAAGACAUACUUUGAAUUCGGGAAAAUGCACGGUAAAGGCAAAACCUUCGCUGUUGUCCUAAUAUAAUAUCUUUAAAUUAAUUUCCCUGGGUUCUUUGUGAUUACUCGACUUCAUCAUGGAAAUUGGAGAAAAGCUAAAAGAGCUCAACAUGACAGGAGAUGAAAUAAAGAGAUUGACAAAGGCGUUUAAAGAUGAAAAAUUCAGGGAAAUGCUGAAUGAUUACGCCCAAGAGAUAGCAGAUCCGGAGAAUAGGAGGAUCUACGAGGAGGAGAUUGCUAUUCUGGAGAAGGAAAGGGGUAACACCAUCGAGUUCAUCCACCCGAAGCCAUUCAGGGCUUUGAGGACCAGUGUGAACCGCAAGCAGAAGUGCUACAUCAACAUCUGCGCUAAUGACAAAGUUGGGAAGCCUGAGUGUAAGUGGGGUGUUUCAGAAGAUGGCCGCAGAGGGCAAUGCUGGUCACUCCCUCACAAUAUGCACCCAGGAAGGCAAGACACAGAUCCAAAGGGGAACAAAGUCAUGAUCUAUGAUGUCAUUUUCCACCCUGACACGCUCCACAUAGCAAAUAAAAAAGCAGAAUUCAUGCAAAUGGUAAUCAGCACGGCCAUUCAGGGAAUCCAAGAUGCCUUUAAGGUGACGUUGGAUAAAAACAAUGUGAGGGAGAUGAAGACAAAGUACAAAGGUACGCCUCAGCCUUGUGUUAUCCGUAAAGCCAUCCCUGGACAUAUAGCUAAGCCUCCUGAAGACCACCCGCUUGCCUUCCCAUACCCAGAUGAAAAAACCCCAAAAACCAUCCCUGAUCCCAAACCGCAGAGCUUUCAAAUUCAGGAUGAGAAAAGCAAAGCGCCCACUGAGCCAAGCUACUCCGUCAAAUAUCGAUCAUUUAUCGACCUGCAGGACUUCAGAUGUUCCAGGGACUCUGGAAAGAGCCCCAGGCCCAAAGAAAUUGUCAUCACCAUCGACGUACCGCUCCUGAAGUCAGUUGCGAACGCUAACCUUGAAGUGAAGCAGAAAAGUCUGCUGCUGGAGUCUGAGACGCCCGCCUACCGUCUGGAGCUACCUCUUUCCUACCCAGUGGAUGAAGAAAGAGGACAAGCCAAGUUCAGCAAGCAGAGAGGACAACUAACAGUCACACUGCCCGUCCUUCCCUCCAAUGACGCGAUGGAAUUCUGCUGGAGUAAUAACGUCUCGGAAGGUGACACGGAGGAACGGAAAAUGGAAGGUGAAGAAAGUCAACUAAUUGAAGGGGAGGUGAUAAAAGGUCAGGACGGAGGUCAGACUGUGAUUGGUGAAGAAGACACAGGUGUGGAGGAGCAGCUGAAAGACAAGGGAACAGAUGAAGAACAUGUGGAGGAGGAAAAAGAACUUGAAGAAAAUAGAGAUCAGAAUGUACUUCACAUUAAAGAGAGUCUCGUCUACCACAUUGAAAAUAAAAAUGAAGAUCCAGUGAAGGAAGAAGAUGCGUCACAGAGAAUUGAUUCCAAUCAGGGAAACCCAGCAAGUGUUGAUCUCCAGAUCCCCACCCAACUUUCUAAAAAUCCAAGCGUCCAAGUGAAGGAUGAUGACUCUAUGCAAGAAACUGCAGGGAUAGAAGAGCAGAUGAAGAAAGACCAGGUUUAUCGUGAAGGUGAGGAACCUAAAAUAGGCGAGCGCCAAAAAGUCGAUAUUAGUGAGGAGGAGCAGCUCACAGAGAAGAGAACAUGCGGAGAGCUUGAGGAGGAACAAGUCAUUGAAAAAAAGACCAUAGAAAGUGGAAAACAGGAUGCCCUUCAAAGUCAGGUCAACCUCAAUGAAAAUGCUUCGGCGUGGGAAGAGGAGCCGUUGACAGGGAAACGAAGAGAUGAGGACACGCAAGAAAAUGAAGAACAGGAUGUACUGUGCAUUCAAGAAAGUCAGAUCAACCUCAGUGAUAAUAUUAUUGAGGCUCAAGUGAGGGAAGAUGAUGUACCACAGAGAAUGCACUCUCAAAUAAACCCGGCAAGUCAAGAUGCAUGUUUAGACUCAAGCAGCCAAGCGGAGAACGUUGAAAUGGAAGAAGCUGCGGAAAUCAAAGAAAAGGAUGUUACGAUGGAACUAGAGACACUACAGGAGGCAUCUGGUGAAGCCACGCCCACAGAAAUAAGCUUUAAAAACACCACAAAAACAAGUGAGACACUAGAAGAACCUUUUUACAUAGGAGCAGGCGACAAAAUAACCCAGAUAACUGAGGAAAGCAGCCCAACUUCCACAAAGGAUGAGGCGAGGAUGAAGGAAGAGGAGGCAGAGAACUUGCCAGAAAAGGAGAUCAUCCAAAAACCAGAACCAGAGAAGAAUUCACCGCCUGUCUCAUUGAGAGAAAUCGACCAAGACGGAAACGAGACAGUGUUUAGCGAUCACGCCACAUCGGCAGGAUUUACCUUUCAGAACUCCCUCUUGUAUGAACUUGACUGACACUAAAGAAUUAUUAGAUUAUCAUUUUUUUUAAAAAUCACAAAACCUGGCAUAGAAAGUUAUUCUAUCAACUGUAAAUUCUACAUAAAUCUUCAAUUGAGUGACAAAUGGCUUGAAGCGAAAUUAAAUA